AUGGAUCGAGUGCAGGCAUUCGGCAAGAACUUCAGCGCGAACUUCACGCCUUUCGCGCAGCGCACCCAGCAGAUGAUCCGGGAGCAGCUGGGCCAUGCUGAAGACAAGACCCAGCUCCCCGAUGAGUACAUCAAGCUCGAGAAGCGCGUCGAUGCGCUCAAGCUGGUCCACCAGAAGCUGCUUCAAGUGACCUCCCAAUACUCCAACGAAGCCUACGACUACCCGCCCAACAUCCGCGAGUCUUUCAAUGACCUGGGCCGUACCAUCAACGAGAAGGUCGCCCUCCUCUCGCAGGCUGGUUCUCCCGCCGAGGCCCAGGCCGCCCUGACCGCUCCUCCUACCGCGAAGCCCCAACCCAAGACCUUCAACCACGCCAUUGCGCGCGCCUCGCUCGCCGGUUCCCAGACCCUGGUGCAGAGCUCUGAGGGCGAGGACCCUCUUGCCUCUGCUCUAGAGCAGUACGCUCUUGCUGAGGAGAAGGUCGGCGAGGCUCGUCUCGCUCAGGACGCUCAGAUCCAGUCCCGCUUCCUGGCUGGCUGGAACACCACUCUCAACACCAACCUGAUGUUCGCGGCCAAGGCUCGCAAGAACGUCGAGAAUGCCCGUCUGACUCUUGACUCGAUCAAGGCUGCCAAGAAGGCUGCUGCUGGUGGCGAGGAGAACCUGAGUGAGGAUGCUCGUUCCGAGAUCGAGCAGGCUGAGGAUGAGUUUGUUGGCCAGACCGAGGAGGCCGUCAGCGUUAUGAAGAACGUUCUUGAUACCCCCGAGCCCCUUCGCAACCUGGCCGAUCUGAUCGCCGCCCAGCUGGAGUACCACAAGAAGGCCUAUGAGAUUCUGAGUGAGCUUGCCCCGACUGUGGAUGCUCUCCAGGUCGAACAAGAGGUAAGCGAUUAA